AAGCUGUGGCUGGGGCGCGAAGGACCCAGGAGACCAUGAGUACCUCCAGGCUCUACACCCUGGUGCUGGUGCUGCAGCCUCAGCGAGUUCUCCUGGGCAUGAAGAAGAGGGGCUUUGGUGCUGGCCACUGGAAUGGCUUCGGGGGCAAAGUGCAGGAAGAUGAGACCAUUGAGGAUGGGGCUAAGAGGGAGCUGGAGGAAGAGAGUGGUCUAACCGUGGAUACCCUGCACAAGGUGGGCCACAUCUCAUUUGAGUUUGUGGGGUUCCCUGAGUUGAUGGACAUGCAUAUCUUUUCUACUGACCACGUACAUGGGACACCCACAGAGAGUGACGAAAUGUGCCCUCAGUGGUUCCAACUGGACCAGAUCCCCUUUGCUGACAUGUGGCCUGAUGACAGCUACUGGUUCCCACUCCUGCUUCAGAAGAAGUUCUGUGGGUACUUCAAGUUCCAGGAUCACGACACCAUCCUCAACUACACCUUGCGAGAGGUGGAUGAAUUCUAA